CCAAAUGAUAUAUUUCUAAACGAAUCAUAUCCGCGACCUUGUAAUAUAUACCAUGUAAGUAUACUAAUGAAAGAAAUAUAGUAAGGUAACUGAGGUAAGGAACUUGAGUAAUGUAAAACGAUAUCUUUAAUAAUACAAAGUAUCAAAUCAUAAUACGUAUAUAUUUAUAAAUACAUAAAUAAUAAAUAUAUAUUGUAAAUAUAUUAUAAAUAAUUAAAUAAAUAUAUAUAUUAUAAAUAAUUAAAUAAAUAUAUAUAUAUAUUUAUUUAUUUAUAUAGCUGCAUAGUUAAAUCGUUUGACUAAUGUAUUCAAUAAAUAUACAAAAAUUUUAAUUCUACAUUCUCAUAGUACAUAUUAAUUAGUUCAUAAUAUUAACUUAUUCAUUUAAUUCAUAAUUAAUUUAUAUUAUUAUUUAUUUAUAUUUUUACUGAAGAUAUUUCUAUAUUAUGACUAUAAAAUUUAAUAAAUUUAAUAAACAAAUAUACGAUAUAAGUUUUAUAUGUACUUACAUUAGUAUCUGUACAUUUAUAGAUAUAACAUAGAGAUACAUAUCAUAAUUAAUUUAAGGUAUUGAUACAAUCAAAGUAUAUUGAAAAUUCAAGAAAAGUACAUCUUCGAUAUUUGCUUCUUACUUAUGUGAUAAAUAGGAAGAUAUCUUAAAUUUUGGAAUAAUACAGUAGGAAUUAUUUAAGGUUUUUCAGGAACAAUAAAAAGUAGAAAGGAUAUUUUAUACUAUAUAUUUAAUUAUAUUUUUAACCACAUCACAGAUUAGUAUCGUUAUGUAUGUAUUAAAUAAACUUUUUGUCCGAAGAAAGUUUAUGAAAUUUAAUUUUAAUAUAAUUUAGUUUGUGAUUUACUUUAUAUUAUCUUUAGUUGGAUAGCAUACUCUUAAUUAUUGUGUGAUAAUUAUAAGUAUUAUAUCUUUUUGUAGGGGAGUUCACAAGCAAUAUAUUACGGGUUGCACGUGAAGCACGACAACGAACACUUGGUCCAUUUAGUCCAUCAUUUAAUGUACAAGAAUUAUUGUUCGAAAGUUUACAAAAGCAUGUUCCUAAUGACGCUCAUAUUCGUGUAAGCGGUAAACUACACAUUUCCUUAACAAGAGUAUACGAUGGAAAAAACGUAAUUGUUUCACAGUUUUCUUCUAGAGAGGACUUGCUGCAGGCAUUAUUGGCUAGUGCGUUUGUCCCAAUUUUCUCUGGUAUUUUACCACCAAGAUAUCAUGGUAUUAGGUACAUAGAUGGUGGUUUUAGUGAUAAUUUGCCUACUCUUGAUGAAAAUACUAUUACUGUUAGUCCUUUUUGUGGAGAAAGUGAUAUUUGUCCUAGAGAUGUUUCUUCUCAACUUUUCCAUAUGCUUUCAAAUAUCUGCAAACAAGGUUUUGAUGAUGCAUUAAGAUUUCUUCACCGCAAUAACUUACUCAAUUGUACUCGAUGUUUAGCUGUACAGUCUACAUUUGUUGUCUCAGAAACUCUUGAUGAUAACAUGGAUUAUGAUCCUGAAUGCUUAGAAUGUAAAAUGCAUAGACAGGAAGCACUUGUAUCUAAUUUACCUGAGACAGUCAUGACUAUAUUUCAAGAUGCAAUUGAUUCUGCUAAUAAAGGCAUCAUUAAUUGGUUAUUUAAACAUCGAAGUGUAAAACUUUUAUCAUUACUUAGUCUACCAUGUAUAUUGCCAGCAGAUGUAAUGUAUGCAACUUUUACAAAUUUGAUUGGUAACAAGAUAGAAAAUUACACCUUGGAGUACAAUAUAAUUGGCAAUAUUCUUCAUACAUCUCCACAAAUGAUUUCUUGUGGUAGACAUAAUAUGACAUCUUCCUGGUUUAUUUUAAAUGUACCUAAAUUACGAAGAAACUUAAUAGAAUUAAGAACAUUUUUCUUGGACCAGUUACGCAUGUUGUUCCCUAAAAUCAAUAUCUACUAUCAACAAAUGCCACAGACUAUUAAAUGUGAAUUAGAUAUUACAGAAUAUGGUUCAAACAACCAUGGAAAGAGCAUAGUAAUACAUCAAAUUGUGUUAUAAAUAUGUCUAAUCUUUCAACUAUCGAUGAUACUUUUGAAAAUAUUAUUCAGGUGAGCAAAGUAACUUCUGAUCAAGAAGCUGUAAUGGCAUAUUAUUAUAUGGAUGAUAAUAACAAAGUACAAGUAACAGAAAUAUUUGACGUUACAGACUCUGAAUCACAUGCAAUGUUAUCUAUGGAUGAAAUUGAAAAUAAUACAAAGUUACAAUUUGAUGAAUGGGAUGAACCCACAUGGUUAUCUCAACAUACUCUCAACGAUGCUGUAACAGAAUCCCUAUAUACUGAUGUAAAUCAACAAAGUAUAGAAAAUUUAUCAGAAAUGUCUUUAGAAGACGAUAUUUUGGGAGUUCUAAAUAUAUCUUCUGAUCCAGAAAGUGAAUGGGAAAUAAGUAAAAAUGUACAAACAAGAGUCUCUACUCCAUCAAAUUUUCAGCCAGAAGUGAAUUAACAAUAAUUAAAGAUUUAAAGUAAAAUAAAUUUUCUUAUAAUAACUAGAAUGAAUAUAUUAUGUAAAUAUAAUAUAGGCUAUUUAUAAUUAAUUAUAUUAUCAAGUAUACAUAUUUUUGUAGUCAAUAAUAUUGGUGAUCUAGAAAGAAAAAAUACUGACUGCUCAAUAUUGAUAAUUUUUUAUAAUAUUUGAAAAAUAAGUUGUUGAAGGAAAUGAAAACUGUAAACGAGAACACUUUUAUAAAACGAUGAUAGUCUGUGUUAUGCACUGAUGAAUAAAAGAUACAGUACAAGUAACAUAUAAGAAUGUGAUAUAUAUGUAAAAGAAGUAUCUUCAACAGAGCAUACACAGUAUUUUAUUAGUUCAUGAUAAGCAUCAUGAUAAGCAACAUUUAAUAUUGUUAUUAAAUACUUGCAAGACAAGUAUGGAUAGAUCUCUAAAAAAGAGACUGAUAUUAAUAGAAAUGCACAUAAAAAAUAUUUAUCCAGAUUUUAUGUUGAACUAUUAUUAGAUUAUUAGAUGUUGCAUAUGUUAAAUACGAUGCUUUUAAGUACGAGAGCUAAGUAAGAUAUCUUGCCUAUUUUUUUCUCAUUUUCUAAUUCUUAUAUUUUUCUACAUAGAUAUUUAUCCAAAUAGAGCGUUACCAAAUUAUUUGUGCAAUAAUUAUUUGCAAUAAAUAAAUAAAUAGACAAAUAAUGAAAUUAAUUAUUUAAAUUAGAGUAAGGAAUAUAAUUUUUUAUUGCAUACAGCUGGAACUGAAUGCCAAUAUACAAAAUUUUUAUAUUGUUUAUUAUUAACAUAAUUAUUGAUGAAAAUAAUUAAUUAUUGUUGAAGGAAAAAUUCUUCGAUUAAUCGAAAAUAUCGAACUAAUGUCAUUAUGUAAUAAGCGAUUUUUGACGAUUAUUAUAAAAAGCACAAUUUAUAUAUUUAAUUAUAUAUAUAUAUAUAUUUAUAUCAUAAUUCAAAAAAAAAAUUGUUAUUGUUAUACAUAUCAUACGAUUCAUACAUUGGUUUAGAAUCGGUAUAAGAAGAUUUUAGAUAAUUACUUCAUGUAAAUGUUACAUAUUUAAAAGAUAAUACCAAAGGUACGAUUAUAUAUUAUUUAAUCUAUUGAAAUAUAGAAAAUAUUUUUUAGCGUUAAAGACUGUAUAUAAGUAUGUAAUUUUAAUUAAGAAUUAAUUGUUAAUUUGAAUUUGUAAUAUCUUAAUUUAUUGUUUCACUUGAAUAUUUUCCUUACUUCUAGUACUUCUACGAAAGUAAUGGUUCACAGAUUUUGGUAAUUGUUAGGAAUACAAAUAACAUUUUAUGUUUACUUUAAAAUGUGAGAAAUUAUUUUAGAAGCUUUAGAUCAAGUAAACUAUUUUCAGCAUUUGUAAUUACAAAAAUUACUGAAAAUAGUUACUUGAAAAAUUUAUAUAUUAAAUUAUGGCGUAUUAAUCUGUAUAUAAUUAAUAAAAUAAAAAUGUCAGAACAAAAAAAUUUGUGUAAUUUACCAACUUAAGAUCAUUAAUAAUAUGGAUUUGAAAAAUUCAGGCAGAAUUUACGAAGAUGUAAUAUGGAUUCUUGAGUAAUAUUUUUUGGGGUUUCUAAUGAUUUUAAUACGUAUAUUUUAAGUGAUAGCGUAUAAAGAUUAAAAAAGAAUAUGUAAAUAAAAAAAUAUUUUUAUUUGAAAUAAAUAGUAAUAAUAUAAAGAAGGGUCGAGGUCAAUAAAAAAUGGAAUAUUUAUUAUAUUUUUUAAUAUAAAACAAAUCAUAUAUGUAUAAGUUAUGUAUAUGUACAAUAAUUGAAACCGCCCUCAAAGUAAUAUUUUGAGGCAGAAAUUUUUUUUAUUUUUUUUUUUUUUGUAGAAAUAA